GGUCGCCAGUGGAUGCGGCGGCCGCAGUUGCGGUAUUUCUCGGCGUGGAGGAGGCGGGGUCAGGGGAGGAGGCGGCGUUGAGCGCGUUCCUGUGCCGCCUCAUGUGUACCCUGCCCGGGGAGCAGGAAAGGAGCCUCCGGCGGCGGCAACCAUGUCUGAGAAUGGCGCCUCUGCUCCCCACGUCCCCAACGGCGAGUGCGCCCCGCGGUCGCCCGGCAACAAGGUGACCGUGGUGUUGGGGGCCCAGUGGGGCGACGAGGGCAAGGGCAAGCUGGUGGAUCUGCUGGCGCAGGACGCGGACAUCGUCUGCAGGUGCCAGGGAGGCAACAAUGCUGGGCAUACCGUUGUUGUAGAUUCCGUGGAAUAUGAUUUUCAUCUCUUACCCAGUGGGAUCAUCAAUCCAAAAGUCAUUGCAUUCAUUGGAAAUGGAGUGGUGAUUCACUUGCCAGGACUGUUUGAAGAAGCAGAGAAAAACGUAAAAAAGGAAAAGGUGAGAACAACCUUUUAAGGACUAGAAGGCUGGGAGAAGCGAUUAAUAAUUUCUGACCGAGCUCAUAUUGUAUUUGACUUUCAUCAGGCUGCUGAUGGCAUUCAAGAACAACAAAGACAAGAGCAAGCAGGAAAGAACUUGGGAACGACCAAAAAAGGGAUUGGUCCAGUCUAUUCUUCGAAAGCAGCUCGAAGUGGGCUCAGAAUGUGUGAUCUUGUUUCUGAUUUUGGUGAAUUUUCAGAGAGGUUCAAAGUGUUAGCUAACCAGUACAAAGCUAUAUAUCCAACCUUAGAGAUAGACCUUGAAGGGGAAUUGAAAAAACUCAAGGGCUACAUAGAAAGGAUUAAACCAAUGGUGAGGGAUGGUGUUUAUUUCAUACAUGAGGCUCUACGUGGACCACCAAAGAAAAUCUUAGUAGAAGGUGCAAAUGCAGCAUUACUGGACAUCGAUUUUGGGACAUAUCCUUUUGUGACCUCUUCGAAUUGUACAGUUGGAGGCGUUUGCACAGGUUUGGGCAUGCCACCUCAGAAUGUUGGGGAAGUAUAUGGAGUUGUAAAAGCAUAUACAACUAGAGUUGGAAUUGGUGCCUUUCCUACAGAACAAGAUAAUGAAAUUGGAGAAUUGCUGCAGAAACGAGGUAAGGAGGUUGGCGUGACUACUGGUAGAAAAAGAAGAUGUGGCUGGCUGGAUCUUGUGUUACUCAGAUACGCCCACAUGAUUAAUGGAUUUACUGCAUUGGCUGUUAUGAAAUUGGAUAUCUUGGAUGUAUUUCCAGAAAUCAAAGUUGGAGUUGCUUACGUACUAAAUGGUGAGAUCAUACCUCAUUUUCCUGCAAACCAGGAAGUCUUAAAUAAAGUAGAGGUUAAGUAUGAGACAUUCCCAGGAUGGGACACAGACAUAUCAAAUGCAAGAACAUUUGAUGAACUGCCUGUAAAUGCACAGAACUAUGUUCGGUUUAUAGAAAUGGAGCUUGGCAUUCCUGUUAAAUGGAUUGGAGUAGGGAAAUCCAGAGAGUCAAUGAUCCACAUGUUUUAAAGAUUUCAGAUGCGUGGAAGAAAGCACACUCCUGAAUAAGACUGCUUAGUCUUACAUGUAUUAUUAGUAGCCUACAAAGUGAAGAUGUUGGAAGGAUAGAUCUUGCAUGGAAAGAAAUGCUAGAGUUGGUCUCUCAAACUGAUUGCUACUCCUGAAAGACUUUGACUUCUACCUAUAUCAGCUCUCUAUCCAACUGGCAAUAUCUCCAGGACACUUGCCAUUACUGUUAUACAUGGUGCCACCAGACUUUUCUUUAUCAUCUAGUAUUUACUUCAUAACAUAAUCCUUGAUGUUUGAAAAUGGAAGGUAACAUUAUUUUCCUGACUUUGUCUUGAUUGUCGUAUCCAUGCUUCUGGCGGUGUUACUUCCCUGAAAUCUUAACCAGUAAAAAUAAUGCAGUUUUGCACAAAUGGUUUUACAUCCUCAUUAUUUGUACUCCUAAAUAUGUUGUAUUCUUUAUGGCUGCUGUUGUAGUGAGUGAUUAAAGAGGGAUUCUGAUGAUUUUAUAAUGCUAUAAACCUUGUCUAAACGCCG